CGCGACGCUUGUGCCGGUUAUUGACAAUAGGAAACCGCACGUCGCGCCUAAAGACACCGAACAGAGAAACAAUUUCCUAGUUCCGUAACAUUCUGUAUACAACAUUCCAUUGUAUCUUUCCGUACAAAAAGUACAGGUUGGUUUGGCAGGAUCCAUUCCCGUAUUCGUUUGUAGGACAAAACCUGAGAUUGUGUACAACUAUUGGAUGCUCCAGAACAUUCCAGUGAUAGGAAGAUAGAAUUUGAAACGUUUGCCAGGAUUGUAUCCACGUGCGAGUUUACUGUCCACUAGGCUCCCACGUCAGAUAGAUUCUGGAAGAACGGAAAACUUGAAGGAUCGUCACCUUAUUAAUCAGCAAUAAUGCCAGCCCAAUUCGAAAGUGUAAACAGUCCUAUCGCGAGAGAACCAAUGAUGAACGGUACCGGCCAGCACAGCCACGACAAUGAUGUCGUCAUCAGUGGCUUUUCAGGACGUUUCCCAGAGUCGGACAGCGUAGAAGAACUGAAAAAGAAUUUAUUCGAGGGUGUCGACAUGGUCACCGACGACGAACGCCGAUGGCCGGCCGGUCUCUACGGUUUACCCACAAGAACCGGCAAACUGAAGACACUCAAUCAGUUCGACCCUACCUUCUUCGGCGUCCAUGGGAAACAAGCUCAUCUGAUGGAUCCGCAGCUUCGUUUGCUUCUGGAGACAACUUACGAGGCGAUAGUCGAUGCCGGUAUCAAUCCACAAGAAAUCAGAGGAUCGAAAACCGGUGUAUACAUCGGUGUUUCAACCUCGGAGUCGAACGAGAAGUGGUCCGAUGAUCCGGAUGAAGUUACUGGGUACGCGUUAAUCGGUUGCUGCCGAGCUAUGUUCCCGAAUAGGAUAUCGUUCGCGUUCGACUUCACCGGGCCAAGUUACGCGGUAGACACCGCCUGUUCUUCGUCGAUGUUCGCCAUGCACCAAGCGAUCAGCGCGAUUCGCUCGGGAGAGUGCGACGCUGCUAUUGUCGGCGGAUGUAAUCUUCUGUUGAAGCCCAUCGCGUCGCUUGAAUUCCAUAGGUUAGGUAUGCUGUCGCCAGACGGCAUGUGCAAGGCUUUCGAUGCCGACGGAAAAGGCUACGUCCGCUCCGAAACGGUCGGUGUGUUUUAUCUGCAAAAGGCAAAGGACGCGCGCAGAGUCUACGCCACUGUGAUACACUCGAAGACCAACACCGACGGUAAUAAGGUACAAGGCAUCACGUACCCGAACGGGGAAAUGCAGAACAAAUUGAUGCGCGAGGUUUACUUAGAGGCGGGCGUCAAUCCAGCCGAUGUUGUGUACGUGGAAGCGCACGGAACCGGUACCAAAGUCGGCGAUCCGCAAGAGAUCAAUUCCAUUGCUAAUUUAUUCUGUAAAGGUCGGAAGGCACCGCUUCUUCUCGGUUCUGUGAAAUCGAAUUUGGGCCACGCAGAAGCAGCCAGUGGAAUGGGUUCUCUGGCGAAAUUGCUGAUCGCCAUGGAGGCCGGUGUGAUUCCGGGCAAUCUUCACUUUAAAAAUCCAAACGAAAAUAUACCAUCAUUGAAAGAUGGUAGUAUACAAGUUAUAGAUAGAAACACACCGUGGAAAGGUGGCCUGGUAGCCGUGAACUCCUUCGGUUUCGGCGGAGCCAACGCACACAUACUUCUUCGUAGCAAUCCGAAGCCAAAGUUGUCGCCAGUCUUAGAUAGUAAAUUGCCCAAGUUGGUCCUCGCAUCAGGGCGCACCGAAGAAGCUGUACAAAUUCUGUUAGAUAAAGCCAAAGAACACGAAAAAGAUGAUGAAUUCAUUGCUCUGCUUCACGAUACUUACGCGACCAACAUACCGAGUCAUGCUUAUCGAGGUUAUUCUGUAUUAGGAAAUGCUAGCGGGUCAGAAAUUAGUCAGUGUAAUACUACAGAGAAACGUCCGAUCUGGUUCAUAUUUUCUGGUAUGGGUUCCCAAUGGUCCGGCAUGGGUAAGCAAUUGCUUUGCAUCGAGCCGUUCCAGAGAAGCUUGCAACGUUGCGCCGAUGCACUGAAACCAGAAGGACUCGAUUUGAUGAACAUUAUUUUGAAUGGAACACCCGAGACCUUUGAGAACGUUAUGCAUUGCUUCGUGUCGAUUGCAGCUAUUCAAGUGGCUUUAGUCGACGUGUUAGCGUAUAUGGGUAUUCACCCUGAUGGUAUCAUUGGACAUUCGGUCGGAGAACUUGGGUGCGCCUACGCUGAUGGUACAUUUACACCGGAACAGACAAUGUUAGCUGCAUACUGGCGAGGAAGAUCGAUUCUUAAUUCCAAAUUACCGCCAGGAGCCAUGGCUGCUGUAGGCUUAAGUUGGGAAGAUGUUAAAAAACGAUGCCCGCCAGACAUUUUUCCGGCCUGUAACAAUUCAAGCGAUUCCGUAACCGUUUCUGGUCCGGUUGAUUCUAUCCACAAGUUCGCUGAAAAACUGAAGCAGGACAACAUAUUCGUGAAAGUAGUGGACAGCUCUGGUGUCGCCUUCCAUAGCAAGUACAUUGCUCCAGUAGGACAGAGCUUGCGUGUUGCUCUGGAGAGGAUCAUACCGAAUCCAAAACCGCGAACCUCCAGAUGGAUUUCGACCUCCAUACCCGAUGGAGCUUGGAAUAAUCCGUUGGCACAACUCAGUUCCGCGGCAUAUCACGUGAACAACUUAUUGUCGCCGGUACUGUUCCAACAAGGAUUAACAUUUAUUCACGACAAUGCUAUUACGAUAGAAGUUGCACCGCACUGUCUAAUGCAAGCAAUUCUACGCAGAUCACUACCGAAAAACGUGACCAACGUUGGCCUCCACAAACGGGACAACGAGAACAAUUUAGGCUUCUUCCUUGAGAAUAUAGGAAAAGUGUACACCGCAGGUGCGCAACCUGAAGUGUCCAAGCUGUAUCCAUCGAUAAGUUAUCCUGUUGGUCGUGGUACACCAAUGUUGAAUACUCUUGUUGGAUGGGACCACUCCACCGAGUGGAGUGUGGCGAAUUUCAGUACAAGCGGUGGCUCCUCCGGGGAAAGUAUAGUUGCUGUAGACCUGUCCAAAGAGUCUGACGCGUACCUAAGUGGUCACAAGAUCGACGGAAGAAUUCUUUUCCCAGCCACUGGUUAUCUGGUAAUCGUUUGGAAAACCUUUGCUAAAUUGCGCAAUGUCAAUUACGAAAAACUGCCAGUUGUGUUUGAAGACGUGAAAAUCCUGCGUGCCACCAUCUUACCCACAGAAGGCACAGUUAAAUUCUUGAUUAAUAUAUUCAUGGGUACGGGUGAAUUUGAGAUCUGCGAAAGUGGAUCUGUAGCGGUGACAGGGAAAAUAUCUGUGCCGGAGAAUGUUGAGAAGAUGUUGUUGAAUCUGCCCACGCCUGUUGUACGCAAUGAACCAGAAUUGUUAGAGUUGAAACCUGUAGAUAUCUACAAAGAGCUUAGACUGCGAGGAUACGAUUACACUGGAGUUUUCCGGGGUAUCAAGACCUCUAAUAACCGUGGUGGUUCAGGUGAACUUCUUUGGUCCAAUUGGAUCUCCUUCAUAGAUACUAUGCUUCAGAUCAGUAUCCUCGACAAGGAUACCAGAGCACUGUAUCUACCGACACGUGUAAAGUAUGUCGCUAUCAACCCUAUGAUUCAUUUGGAAUAUGUUAACAACUUGAAACCAGGCGAUGGUAUUCCUGCGCAUUAUUAUAAGAAUAUCGACGUCACGAAAUCGGGCGGUAUCGAGAUAAGAAAGAUGAAAGUUAAUUUGGCUCCAAAGAGGCAGCAAACUCAAGUCACCCCUUAUCAUGACAGAAGCUUGUUCGUACCUUACGUGAAUCCUCAACCGUUGGUACAGGAUCCUGACAAAGCUAAAACGUAUGCUAUGACGGUCUUGUUGCAUCUUGUUCGCGAAAACGCGAAAGGAUUAAAGGUGAAGGGUAUCGAAAUAGCCGAUGAACGCCCAGCAGAUACUCUCUUCGGAUCGAUAGUGCUGGAUAUCUUAUACAGAGAACCUUCUGUCACCGUCGACUUCCAAAUUGCUGGAAGUAACCCUAAUCAAUACACUAGUCUGGAAGCACAACACAUAAAAGUCGUGCAACGAGACAUGCACAUCGCGCCCGUAGGUCAGGAUUUGAAUUUCAUAAUAGCGGCCAAUGUGCUGUCCGAAAACUCGAAAGCUGCGCUUAGAAAUUUAUCUGAGAGUUUGAAAGCCGGAGGGUUUUUAAUACUCGAAGAAUGUGGUCAGCUUAAUCUGAGCAACUUGAAAAGCUGUAAUCUAAUGUAUGUCAGUAAACAAGUGAUACAUGGAAAGUCGUUCAUUCUACUUAAAAAGAUAGAAAAUUUGAAGGAACCGAGUAUCAUACAAAUAACGGAGAAGAACUUCCACUGGUUGGAAGGUCUUAAGGCGGCCAUGAAGAAAUCCGUGACUGAAAAUCAAGAAAUUCUCUUAGUCAGCCAAGGCGAAGAACUGCUUGGUAUGGCUGGUUUGAUAAAUUGUCUCCGUAUGGAAGAGGGCGGCAGUAACGUGCGUUACGUGUUCAUUCAGGACAAAAACGCCCCCAAGUUUAGUCCGAGCAACAAAUUCUAUUCCGAACAAUUAGAGAAACAAUUUGUAGCAAAUGUCCUGAAAGGAGGAAAUUGGGGAUCAUACCGUCAUUUACCCUUAGAUGGGCAAAAAGGUGCAUCGUCCCUUCAGGUUGAACACGCCUACAUUAAUGUCUUGUAUAGAGGUGAUUUGAGUAGCUUGAGAUGGAUCGAGAGCCCGUUGAGCUAUUACCAACCGGAGACAUGUCCAAACAUGGAAUUGUUCCAUGUAUACUAUGCUCCUCUGAAUUUCCGAGAUGUGAUGUUAGCCAGUGGAAAGUUACCGCCGGAUGCUCUUCCUGGAAACUUGGCCAACGAGGAUUGUAUACUGGGUCUCGAAUUCUCUGGACGUAACUCGAAAGGUCAACGAGUCAUGGCGAUGGUACCAGCACGUGGCUUAGCCACCACCGUUGUAGCCGAUCCUGGAUUCUCGUGGAUAGUACCCGACAAAUGGACUUUGGAGGAAGCUUCAACGAUCCCGGUAGCCUACUCCACGAGCUACUAUGCUUUGUUCGUCCGUGGUGGCUUGAAACGUGGCGAGAGUGUUCUUAUCCAUGCAGGUACCGGAGGUGUGGGACAAGCUAGUAUUUCCAUAGCACUGCACGCAGGUUGUACGGUGUUCACCACAGUUGGUACGCCAGAGAAACGUGAAUGCUUGAAGAAGAUGUUCCCACAGUUGACCGACAGGAAUAUUGGUAACUCUCGAGACACUAGCUUCGAACAGAUGAUACUUAACGAGACGAAUGGCCGUGGUGUCGACGUAGUACUUAACUCCUUGGCCGAGGAAAAGCUGCAGGCCAGUAUAAGGUGUCUUGCAAUUGGCGGUCGUUUCCUUGAGAUAGGAAAAUUCGAUUUGUCCAACGACGCGACCUUGGGAAUGUCGUUGUUCUUGAAGAAUACUGCGUUCCACGGAAUAUUGUUAGACGCCAUUUGCGAAGACGACUGCGCGGAAAGGCAAGCAGUGGUGAAACUCGUUCAAGAGGGAAUAGAAAACGGAGCCGUUCGUCCGCUUCCGGCAACCGUCUUCUCCGAACAACAAAUCGAACAGUCCUUCAGGUUCAUGGCCACGGGCAAACACAUUGGAAAAGUCGUGUUGAAGAUUCGCGACGAAGAGAAACAGAAAGUUGUCAGUUCUCCGGCGCCAAAAAUAGUCGCGGCUAUUCCUCGCACGUACAUGAAUCCAGAGAAGUCGUACAUAUUGGUCGGUGGUCUCGGUGGAUUCGGUAUAGAGCUUGCAGAUUGGAUGAUCACCCGUGGCGCGAAACAUGUAGUAUUGACAUCACGAUCUGGAAUACGUACCGGUUACCAAUCGAUGGCUGUACGUCGUUGGCGCGGAAUGGGCGUUAAUAUUGCCAUUUCCACUGUUGAUGUCACAACAUUGGCCGGAGCGAGACAGCUGCUCAAAGAAAGUAGCGAAAUUGCUCCAAUUGGCGGUAUAUUCAAUCUGGCGGCUGUUCUGGCUGACAAGUUGAUCAAAGACCUUAACGAAAAUGAUUUCGUAAAGGUGACUACACCUAAAGUCAUUGCUACGAAACACUUGGACGCAGCGUCCCGAGAGAUGUGCCCAUCGCUAGACUACUUCGUUGCCUUCUCCUCCGUUUCCUGUGGAAAAGGUAAUCUGGGUCAAACGAAUUACGGUCUUGCAAAUUCUGCUAUGGAGAGAAUAGUAGAACAGAGACAGGCAAAUGGUUUGCCUGGCCUUGCUAUACAGUGGGGAGCUAUCGGAGAUGUCGGUUUGAUUCUAGACACUCUAGGUGGCUCUAAUGAUAUUGAAGUAGGCGGUACUACACCCCAGCGUAUUGGAAGCUGUUUGGAAACCAUGGACGUAUUUCUACAGCAACCUCAUCCGGUUCUGUCUUCCUGUUGCAUUGCGGAUCAACGCAAAUUCCAGGAUACAUCGAAUAGAAUCAGCAUCGUUCAAGCGGUUGCCAACAUCUUGGGCAUUAAGAAACUGGAAACCAUUAAUAACAAUGUUACAUUGGCUGACCUUGGAAUGGAUUCUUUGAUGGGAACAGAAAUAAAACAGACUUUGGAAAGAAAUUACGAUACAGUACUGUCUCCACAAGACAUUCGCAAUCUGACGUUCGAGAAGUUACAAAUGAUUGACUCCGGCGCAGUCGACACUGCCAAGAAUGAUGGGCAAGGUGGAAAGGAAGAAGAAGUUAUGGCAGAAUUCCUGUUCCAAGCAGACGGCACGGAAAUUGUUCCUGUGGAAGCUCUUGUGGAAUUGAAAACAAAGAAAUCGAAGGGAGUACCCGUAUUUUUCGUUCACGCUAUCGAAGGAAUGAUAGGCCCAUUCAAGAGCAUAGCCAGUGAAUUAGAACGUCCUGCUUGGGGAUUCCAGUGUGUAAGAGAUGCUCCACUGGAUUCUAUAACAGAACUUGCCAGUUUUUACAUAAAGGAAAUGAAGAAGGUUCAGAAGAAAGGACCGUAUAAUUUAACCGGUUACUCGUUCGGAGCUUGCGUUGCGUUUGAAAUGGCUCUUCAGCUGGAGAAUGCGGGAGAAAAAACGAUUUUAACUCUUCUGGAUGGUUCGCCAGAGUUUGUAAGGCUGCAUUGUAUUGAAAUUGGAAAACAAGCGAGUCGAUCAAGGCAGGAUAUCCUUGAGGACAAUUGUCGGAAGACAAUGUCAUUUUUCAUUACACAGUUCAAUAGGAAGAUCAGUUACAUUGAGGCAUAUACGAUCUUGAAGGAUGUACCAGAUGACGAAAUAUGGAACAAAAUGGUGAAAGUAAUCAAUCAUGCGGACUUGAAGGAUGAGGAUUUGAAGGUUGCUGGACAGUUGUUCCACAGAAAGAUACAGGCAGCUUAUUACUACAGACCAUCUGAUACGUAUAAAGGAGAUGUCACGCUAGUAAGAAUUGAAGACAACUUCAUUCAUGUGAAAAAAGAUUACGGUCUAUCAGAGAUUUGUACAAAGGAUAUACGAAUUGAAGAAUUGCCUGGAAAUCACAGGAGUUUCUUGACAGGAGAGAGCGGCUCAGAAAUCGCAAAGAUCCUACAAACGUAAACUAACUUCUAUUGAUAUUAGAAUCAGAGCAUCGAGGAAUACGCGAUAUUUAUCAAUGUCGCAUAGAUAAGUUCUAGAAAGUAUCAGUGUACAAUAAUAUCGAUACAGAUCAUCUUACAACUUAAUUAUUAAUAUUUAAUAAUUAAUAGUUCUUAGAUAUUCUGUGUAAA